UCGGCAGUGAGGACUGUCUGAACCGCUCAUUUGCAGCCGUCCGUAGAGGAUGAUGAGUUCAUCAGCAACCUCGAGUUCCUCUCCCUUCUCUUCCACCUCUACUUUCUCUUCAUCUAAAUUCAAAUUCAAAUUUCCCUCCCUUUCCCAACGGUCCUCUCUCCUAACGGUCGAAUCUCGCGCCAAGCCAUCCACGGCUUGUUCUUCCACCAUCCGCGACGCCUCAGGACAAAUUCGCCAUUGCAGCUUGAGUCGGAGGAGAGGGCUGGCCUUUACAGCAACGCUGCCGUUUCUUUUCCCUCUGCAUGAAUUUGUGGGUAAUGGUGGCGCUAAGGCAAUUGAGUCAGGUCAGAGAGAGUAUCUGCGUAUAAAGGAAGAGAUAAGCAAAGUUGUAACCAAGGGGAAGGCUGCCGGUGUUCUUCGCUUAGUAUUUCAUGACGCUGGAACCUUUGAAAUGGCUGAAAAUUCAGGUGGUAUGAAUGGUUCUAUAGUUUAUGAACUUGAAAGACCUGAAAACGCUGGCCUCAAAAAGUCUCUGAAGGUUCUGGAGAAAGCAAAGAAAGAAGUGGAUGCAAUACAACCAGUAUCAUGGGCAGACAUGAUUGCUGUGGGUGGAGCUGAAGCAGUUUCUGUUUGUGGAGGUCCGAAAAUCCCUGUUGCAUUAGGCAGACUAGAUUCUGCGGAGCCAGAUCCUGAAGGGAAGCUUCCCCAAGAAUCUCUGGAUGCUUCUGGCUUAAAGCAGUCAUUUCAACGAAAGGGCUUCUCAACACAAGAACUAGUUGCUCUAUCUGGGGCUCACACUCUCGGGAGUAAAGGUUUUGGAAGUCCAGUUGCUUUUGAUAACUCAUACUUCAAAAUUCUUAUGGAGAAACCAUGGAAGUCUUCAGCUGGUAUGUCAAGCAUGAUCGGGCUUCCUUCAGAUCAUGCCAUUGUAGAGGAUGAUGAAUGCUUAAGGUGGAUCACAAAAUACUCAGACAAUCAGAAUAUAUUCUUCGAAGAUUUUAAGAAUGCUUAUAUCAAACUUGUGAAUUCUGGUGCAAGGUGGAAAAGCAUGUGAUGACUUUGAAAGAGUGACAUUGUGUUCAUUUCUUAUCUUCUUGAUGAAUUAGGAUACAGUGGUGUUCACAGAAUAUAAUUAUACGAAAAGACAUGCCUUUAUGUUGGUAGAUAAAUAUCAGAAGGAUUGUCAUUCUUUCAGGUUUUGAGAGCAGUUAGAGAGGCCUGAAAGUGGAGCCACAGAAUGUUUCAAUUCAGGAAAUAAAGCUUAACAUUUCAUUCGUAGCA